CGAAAUUUUACCAUUAUCACAAAACUUUCUAUGAUAUGCGCAUUGGAAUAUCUUGCUAUGCCCUUAAGGCGUCCAACCAAGCAACCGUCAGUCUCCCGACACUCUGCCGCCCAAGUAGGACAAGGUAGGAGCCCACCUAUUUGAGUACAGUAGUGCAACCGAGGGAGUAGGUAGACCCCUGCCGACAUCUCCAACGUGCCCCUCAGUGUGACGUCUAAACUGAUCCCUUUCCUGGGGAGAAGCAACCUAAAUUUCCCCAUGCAUUAUUUUAUUUGCCUGACAACCUGCAACGCGUAAUUCCAAUUGAACCAUACUUACAAGAACAAGCUUCUCAAUAUUUAGUCGACAUAUACGGCAGUCGAUCAGUUUGUUAAAAUCUGGGGAAAUCAUAAUGAACAACUUCGGCGUCGUCGAGGUCGCUAGCACGCGCACCACAAACGCGCCAGGAUGGGCAUACGUCCCAGACACGGGCAUCAACCCGGCCGUCGCCGCGCUGCAGCCUACAAACCGCAAGCGCGCAGCCCGUAACAACCGUGUCUCCGGUAAACCGAGCCUCACAGAUCUGUCGGCAAGGCAAGAGGCUGCGGUGCGCAAGGAAGUUGAGCAGCUGGACCGUGAUGCCUUCAAGGAUGCUGCUAUCCCUGUACCGGCACGCACUGGUGGAAGUAGAGCUUCCAACAAGCAUACGCCCAACGUCCGAAAGAUCCUCAUGUCGCAAAAGACAUUUGCCAACCACGUCAGCGACUACGAAGCUCUCCAAGGCUCCGCCGAGGCCACCUCAUCGGCCGCCACACCGCGUCCCUCGCAACCCCACACACCGGCAGCGUCAACGCCAGCGCCCACAACCCGAACAGGCAGCUCGGCAAACAAAAAGAAGAAACCAGCACAUGCCCCACCGCAGCCGCCACCUCCGCCGGCGGCCGCGGACGUUGACGACGUCGACAUGGCCGACGCCCCGCCUCUGCAAGACGACCGGACCAUUCUGCCCCCCUACGCGGGGAGGACGCCCGCCCCUCACCGUCUAGACGACGAUCCGUUGCUGAGGAGUCACGUCCCCAAGGUUCCAACAGAUAAUGACCUCCGGCCUCUGCUGCUCGCCCCGCCCAUGCCUUACCCGGAACUGAUGGCACGCGCGAGCGCCGCGGAGGGUGACAACGAGGACGACGACGACUCAUUAGCACGCAGAAGGUACCCGAUGCGCGUGUUCUGCUCCGUGUGUGGAUAUUGGGGCAAAGUCAGGUGCAUCAAAUGCAACACUCGUGUGUGUGCGCUCGACUGUCUGGAGGUGCAUCGUGAAGAAUGUGUUACUAGAUACGGGCUGUAACGAGACACUCGAUUCCUUGAGUUUCUCUUGACGGUGGAACCGUACUCCUCACAAAAUUUCGUCUGUGCUGUGCUAUACUGUACUACCAAUAUCUUGAUACCCGUAGAAAUUUGGACCCAAUGUUCAAUGUGUCGUA